GAUCAACAGUAACCGGAAUCGUACAACCAGAAGCAUCCAUGGCUGCUCAGGCGGUGGAGGGUGCAGCGGUGACGGCUCUGCGAACGGUUUUUCACCGGGUCCGGCAAGCGGCUGAAAGAUCUGGUCGCCAUGCGGAUGAUGUGCGAGUGGUGGCUGUUAGUAAAACCAAACCUGUAUCUCUCAUCCGCCAUGUCUACGACGCUGGACACCGCUGUUUUGGGGAAAAUUAUGUCCAGGAGUUCAUCGAAAAGGCUCCUCAGCUUCCCGAGGACAUUGACUGGCACUUUAUUGGGCAUUUGCAGAGCAAUAAAGCAAAAUCCCUACUUGCUGCUGUUCCAAAUUUGUCAAUGGUACAAGGUGUAGAUAACGAGAAGAUUGCAAAUCACCUUGAUCGUGCAGUUUCAAGCGUUGGAAGAAAGCCGUUAGCGGUUAUGGUCCAAGUAAAUACCAGUGGAGAGAUAUCAAAAUCUGGGAUUGAACCAACAAGUUGUCUAGAGCUUGUGAAGCAUGUUAAGUCUAGCUGCCCAAACCUCGUGUUUUCUGGCUUAAUGACUAUUGGAAUGCCGGAUUAUACAUCCACUCCAGAGAACUUCAGAACUCUAUCAAGAUGCAGAGUUGAGGUCUGCAAGGAACUUGGGAUGCCGGAAAACCAGUGUGAAUUGUCAAUGGGCAUGUCCGGUGACUUUGAACUAGCGAUUGAAAUGGGCAGCACAAACGUGAGGAUUGGAUCAACGAUUUUUGGACCAAGGGAGUAUCCAAAGAAACAGUAGACGCGAUGAUCGUAUUGAUGAAAUUUCUGCAGUUAAAUUAGUUACGGUCACGGAUCAUCUUCUGUUGUUUGACGAACCGAACUUUCGGGUCGUAUGCCGAUUAUAAGGACUGAUGGUUAUGUUACAAAUAUACUCAGAUACCAUAUCAAAAUUCAUUAUUUUUAUGACUGGAUAUAUAAGUAUGUACAAAGUUGUUUGUUAUAUAUAUAAUUUUA